AUGGCGGCCACAGUCUCGACAUCCGUCAACUCCCCGCCAGCAAGCCCCGUCCUCGAGGGGCAUGAAUCCCCCGACCUUCCCCUGACCAUGACAGCGUCCACGAUUCUGGCAACGCUUCCUCGCGAUGCCACUGCGGCGCUUGCGGCUGCAAGCACCUUUCCCCAGGAGAAAAUCAUAGUGCGUUUCAAACCAGUCGGCUCGGCUCCGCCCAUCCGACGAGAGCUGGUCAAGGUUGGCACCACGCACAAGUUCGAGUUCGUCGUGGCCUAUCUGCGCAAGACGCUCCAUGUCGCAGAAACGGAUAGCGUUUUCCUGUAUGUGAACAGCACAUUUGCUCCUGCGCUCGAUGAAGUCGUGGGCAAUCUGUGGCAGUGCUUCAAGGACUCUAGCAACCAACUCAACGUUUCGUACUCUCUCACACCUGCGUUUGGGUAG